AUGCCUAAUUCCCGGCGACGGUUGUUUACACGCGGCGAAUUGCGCCGGCAGGGUGUGCAGGUGGUAGCGCGGGGGUCGCAGACGGAGCUGGUGAGGAAUGGUAGAAGGUACCGGUUCGAUCGCAGCCAGACGCCGCAGGAGUCAUCCACGCCAGCGCCCACGCCCACUGAGCCCAUCGAGUCGUGCAGCGAGCAGCCCGUGGAGCACGACGAGAUUGCACCGCUAGAAACGCCGCCCAAGCGCAGGCGCUCGCUAUCGAGGCUGUCCGAGAAGGCCAAGCGGCUGCGUACGCCCGACCCGAAGCGCCCGGACGGCAGCCCCACAAAGCCCCCACGCAAGCACACCCACCUGACGCCGCUGGGCAAGCAAAGGAAGUGA